AUGGAUGAGGAUCUAAUCAAGACCGUUAACCGUCUUCAGGACGCAUUCGCCACACUCGGAACUACUGUCAACCCUAUUGAUCUGCCUCAGAUCACUGUGGUGGGCUCGCAAUCGUCCGGAAAGUCGUCAGUGUUGGAGAACAUUGUCGGCCGAGACUUCCUGCCCCGAGGAACGGGAAUUGUCACCCGGCGGCCCCUUGUGCUCCAGCUGACCAACAAACCCGACUCGGAAGAGUACGGAGAGUUCCUGCAUCUUCCCGGCAAAAAGUUCACCGACUUCAACGAGAUCCGAAACGAAAUUGCCAAGGAAACCGAUAAGGUCACCGGGUCCAACGCAGGCAUCUCAUCGUCACCCAUCAACUUGCGAAUCUACUCGCCCAAGGUGCUUACCCUGACUCUGGUUGAUCUACCCGGUCUCACAAAGGUCCCUGUUGGAGAUCAGCCCAAGGACAUUGAGCGACAGAUCAAGGAAAUGGUUCUGGGAUUUAUUUCCAAGCCCAAUGCUAUCAUUCUGUCCGUCACUGCUGCUAACACCGAUUUGGCCAACUCUGACGGUCUCAAGCUCGCCCGAGAAGUCGAUCCCGAGGGAACCCGAACCAUUGGUGUUCUUACCAAGAUUGAUCUUAUGGACCAAGGCACAGACGUCAUCGAUAUUUUGGCUGGCCGAGUUAUUCCUCUCAGAUACGGAUACGUUCCCGUAAUUAACCGAGGCCAGAAGGACAUUCAGUCCAACAAGAACAUUAGCGCUGCUCUAGAGUACGAGAAGAACUUUUUUGAGGGCCACCCCUCGUACCGAGCCAAGGCUCAGUUCUGCGGAACCCCCUUCCUUGCUCGAAAGCUGAACAUGAUCCUGCGACACCACAUCAAGUCACAGCUCCCUGAUAUCAAGAGCAAGAUUCACAGCACUCUUGCGAAGUAUCAGAGCGAGCUUUCUGCCCUGGGAGGUGACGAUAUGCUUGGAUCUCCCUCCAACAUCGUUCUCAACCUCAUCACUGAGUUCUCCAAUGAGUUCCGAACCAACCUGGAUGGUAACUCUCAGGACCUGUCUACCAGUGAGCUGUCUGGAGGUGCUCGAGUCUCGUUUGUCUUCCACGAGCUCUACGCCAAUGGUAUUAAGGCUAUUGAUCCCUUUGACCAGGUUCGAGACGUUGAUAUUCGAACCAUUCUGUACAACUCCUCUGGUUCUUCUCCUGCCCUGUUUGUGGGUACCGAGGCCUUCGAGGUGAUUGUCAAGCAGCAGAUCAAGCGGUUUGAGGAGCCCUCUCUGAAGUGUGUCGCUCUUGUCUACGACGAGCUAGUUAGAAUUGCUCAGCUGUGUCUUACUCGUCCUGGUAUGAAGCGAUACCCCAAGCUCAAGGAUCAGAUCUUCACUCUGGUUGUCUCUUUCCUCAAGCAGGCUCUCCUCCCUACCAACACUCUUGUUUCUGACAUUGUUUCUGCUGAAGCCUGUUACGUCAACACUGGUCACCCCGACUUCAUUUCCGGCCACACCGCGCUCUCUCUUAUCCACGACAAACACCAUCCCGCACCAAAGACUGAGGUGAUCACCGGCAAGAACAAGCGAGGAUCUCCUGCACCUACACAGACUGCACAGCCCCCUAAGGAUGAAUCGAAGGAGGGCGGUUUCUUCGGCUCGUUCUUCUCUUCCAAGAACAAGAAGAAGAUGGCUGAGAUGGAGGCUCCUCCUGCCGUUCUCAAGGCUUCUGGUACUCUGAACGAGAAGGAGUCCAUGGAGACAGAUGUUAUCAAGCUCCUCAUCACGUCGUACUUCAACAUUGUGCGACGAACCAUGAACGAUUUAGUGCCGAAGGUGAUUACUCUUAACCUGGUCAAGCAUUCCAAGGACUUGUUGCAGAAGGAGCUGCUCCAGAAGCUCUACCUAAAUGAGAAGCUCGACGAUCUGCUACAGGAGAGUGAUUUUACCGUCCAGCGACGAGACGAAUGCAAAAAGAUGGUGGACAGUUUGUCCCAGGCAGCAGAAAUCGUCGCUUCUGUAUAA